GUUUAACUGCAUAAUUAAAACGGUUUAGCUGCGGUCUACUCGAAAUAAACAAUACCUUGAAUAAUGUGGCAAGAACCUUAUGAAGAGGAAAACAUCUAUGAAGGCGAAGUUCGAUACGAAAACAACCAAGUUACUAUAGGAAAUGUGCCAAGACCGCCAAUCAAGAGUCCGUCACUGCCGAAAAAAGAUGGCCAUCAAAAUAUACCUGCUUCAUUGAAUCGAGACGAUCAGCGUGAGGCAAAUAUUUCAAAAUUAGCUAUUGUUGAUGUCAUCCUAUCCGUCAUUAUUAUCCUACUGUUGGUUGGACUGUUCAUACAAAUUGGCCAACAUCAGGGCAAGACUACAACAGACGAAGGUAGUAAUUCAAAUCAGCGAAGUCAAACAAAUCUAUCCAAAUCUCCUGGUUUUCCAACUGCAACGUACCGAAGCGGAAAUUCAGAUCAGCAUAGUCAAACAAAUAUAUCCACAUCCACUGCUUUUCCAACUGCAACAAGCGGAAAUUCAGAUCAGCCUGUUAAAACAAAUAGUUCCACGUCCAACUGUAUUCCAACUACAACAAACCAAAGUGCGGAUUCGGAUCAACAUAGUCAAAAAAAUUCAUCUACACCCAACGGUUUCAGUGUUUCUUUCCUGGAGGAAACGCUGAAUCAACUUGUAGCCGACAGAAAAAGCGGUCCGGUGAAAUCCUGCCGCGAAUUGAAGAUGUUGGGUUUCAACGCUGACGAUGUUUAUUACAUACAAACUAUUAAAGAUUAUCCUAAAACUGAGGUUUACUGUGACAUGACGUCUGAUGGCGGUGGGUGGACUUUAGUAGCAAGCGUGCAUGAGUCAAAUAUAUCCGUGAAAUGUGGAUUAGAUGAUCUGUGGUCAAGAUACGAUCUGAUAAAUGAAGUGGCAUAUCCAGACAACACCAACUGGGAAUCUGAUUACACGUUUGGAAAUCUUUUCAAAUGUACAUCAAAUGACUAUAAAAAUGAUGCAUAUCACAAUAUGCAGGCUGAGAACAUCAUGAUUUGGCACGUUCCUUCUGAAUUAUCGUUGACUGCAAUGAAGCAAGAAGCCUACCUUCGUUAUAGAACAACUAAUGGGUUUAUGAAAAAUUACGGUGGAAAUUUGAAGAAUCUAUAUGAAAAGCAUUUCCCGUUGAAGUUAAAAUUAGAAAGUCCAGCUGAAGAUGUUCUCGACGCUUUGGCGAAUAAUGCUGUAAAUAUUAGUAGGCAAAUACCAGAUUGGUACAACUACACAUAUGGAGACAACCCUUCUCAAAUAAAAGAUAAAAAAAUGUACUGGCUAUAUGGAAAUCAGGUAUCCGCUACUGGCUGUGGAACUAUUAAUUACGGACAAAUGAAAAGGUGA